GAGCCCCAUCAUGGCGCAGGGGCAGCGUAAGUUCCAGGCGCAGCGGCCGGCCAAGAGCAAGGCGGCGUCGGCGGCGGCGGAUCGCAGCCGGGGCCCGAGGAAAGGCGGCCGGAUCAUCGCCCCCAAGAAAGCGCGCAUCGUGCAGCAGCAGAAGCUGCGGAAGGACCUCGAGGUGGGGAUCCGGAAGAAGAUCGAGCAUGACGUGGUGCUGAAGGCCAGCAGCAGCCUCCCCAAGAGGCUGGCGCUGCUGCAGGCGCCGGCCGACAAGAAGGGGGCCAAGAAGGGGGCCGGGGCUGGCAAGGGCGCGAGCAAGGCGGGCUCCUGAGGGGCGGGGCGACGCCGGGGAACGCCCCCCGCGCUGGUGGACACGCCCCAACGCUGGCGGGACACGCCCACCGUGGCAGCCACGCCCCUGCGCCCCGCCCACGGCCCCCAGCGCUGCUGUGACCGCCCACAUCUAUGGACACGCCCACUAUGCUGGUCAAGCCACAGCCCCGCCCCGGGCGCAGGUGGGACACGCCCACAUCAAUGGAGACUCCCACCUUGGCGGUCACGCCCACAGCGCUGAUGGGACACGCCCCGGGCCCCGCCCACAGUGCUGGUUGGACACGCCCGCCUCUGGACACGCCCUGGGCCCCGCCCACAGGGCCGGUUGGACACGCCCUGGGCCCCGCCCACAGGGCUGAUUGGACACGCCCAUAGCUCUGGAGUGACCGCCCGCCUUGAUGGACACGCCCACUGUGGUGGACAUGCCCGGUCCGCUCUGGAUGGGGCCGUCCUGUCUGUACCUGCACCCCAACAAUAAACCAGGCUGUUCCGCCCCGC